GAUACAUUUGAGUUUCCUUCGUUACCUCUCUUAGCCUUCGCACCCAUAGCUUUGAGAACGCUUACAGGAUAAAAUUACAACAAGACUGAAAUGAAGAAACGAAAAGGUGAACACAUCGUUGACGAAGGAACUCCUGAAAGAAAGAGAAAGGCGCGUGACGAGAAGCAAAGCAACCAUAAGUCGGGCGAAUUCGCACGAUCGUUGAAGGGUUUGCUACAGAAAGAACACACAAGGCUUUCCGGUCUGAAACAACUUCUGAAUGUACUCAAAGAAUUACAAGCCAAAGAAUCUGUUGGAGAUAUCAUUAAGGAAGGCGGAGAGUUUCGAGAAAUUUUCACCAUUUUAGAGAUAGGUCAACAGGGUCUUUCUAAGCUUGAGAUCCAAACAUGUAUGGAGAUCUUGGAGAGAAUUUUGCUGUACACUGCAGAGGAAAGCCAACUUGCUAAUAGACUGGGAGUGUCAAUAGUUCAACGUGUUCUACAAGGUCACAUGAAGUUGUUGUACUCAUGCCUGAACCCAGGGAAUCCUCCUGAAGUUAUAAAGGCUGCAUUAAAACUACUCACUGCCAUGGUCACACAAGGAUCAUCUACUGCAAGAGAAGUUCAAAGCUCGUUUGACUUCACUUUGAAGUCUCUUGGGGCACUGCCAAACAAACAUGAUAGUAAUUCGGCGCAAGAUGUGAGGACUUGUUUUAUAUACUUUUGUCUCUCAUUUCUGAUGUUUGGUGACUUGGUGGUUAUGAAACAGAUAUUAGAACUAAAAGGAUUUCUUCAGUCAGUAUUGAAAGGUUUGUCUCUUGAUAAACCAGAGCUAGUUCAUAUGGUGUUAUCUACCUUGCAAGGAAGAGUGGUGCACAAUUCUGGGAUUACAAAGAAAACCAAAGUGCAGUUCUUUAACUCUCAUGUCCUCUCACAACUGGCAAAUCUUUAUCAGUACACAAAAGAUAUGGGAGAAAAUAACAGUGAGGAACAGACCUCUGAUCCAACAGUGCGGCAAAAAGUACAUGACCUAUUGUUGAAAGUGUGUGGGUCUUUCAAAUUUGGAAUUUGUUUUUUCAAUGUGGCUGGGGCAUUUUCCAUUAGGAGUAAUAAUCCAGUGUUGUUAAGGUUUCUUCAAACCUUAUCUUCAGCAACAACAGAUGUACUUGUCCAGGAACUUGUGAUCACUGUGUUGUGCUGUUGCCAUGAUGUUGUGAGGCCCUUUUUAUCCAGUUUGACAGCAACAUACGAACCAAGGCUUUCUAUGCAUUGGAUUGCAAACAUGAACCUGUUGACAAAGGUUUACAUAGCACUGCCACAACCAUCAAUAAUGGUGGAAAAGUAUGGUGUGAAGAUGACAAAAGAAAUUUUGCCAACCUUGGUAAACAUAGUAGUUCCUGUUGGAUUAAGCCGCACAAGUUUAAGCCGUGGUGUUCAGCAUGCAAGUUAUCUAGUGAAACACACAACAUUGUCACUGGUAAUGGUAAUCUUGAACAGAGCACAGAAUGCUGUGCAGUGUUUGGCCUCCAGUGAGGAUACUUCAGAGGACCUGGCCAACACUACAGAUGCACCAUUAGUGCAACAGUUCAGAGAAGAGGUUGUUAAGGCAUUACCCGAUGUAAACACUUUCAUCUCACUGAGGCAGAACCUUGUUAGUGGUAAAACAAAGGGAGAGUCACAAGGAGAAGACUUGGCAAGCCCAACAAUCUUCCUUGCAGAAAGCCUGAAAAUAAUCCAUGGCUUUCAGCUUCUAAGUCCUUCACUCCUUUCCCAUAUCAACUUUGACCUCAGAAAGUUGUUGUCAGGGCAACAGGAAGCAAAAUUGCCAGUUAUUGCACAGCAAUUAACUUUACGGAUCUUACUCCAUGCACCACCUGGCAGCUUAAAGUGGUUUCAACAGAAGGGAAAAAGCUCAGCAUCCUUUCUGUACUCAAUACUAAAUGUGUACACAUCAGCAAGGAAUGAAAAGAUAAAGACAGAUGCCCAGCAGCUUGUGCAGAAGCUCCUUAGUGAAACAGGACUACUGAACAGCCUUCCACAUGCAAAUGAGGUAGAAAUGUGGUUGAGUCAUCUGUGUCACAGUCAGUUUGAAGAACACACGAAGACACUUCUUAGGUUUUUGGAUGAAGUCUUUAUGGCUGUAGCCUCUGAGCCAUACCUGUACACAGACAUUGUGAUCGACCUGCAAGCUGAAGCAGUUUCACAUGAAGCUAGUGCUCUGCAGUUUGGUUUGGACCCAACAGAUUGGACCCAGUCUUCCAAUACAAGUCUUCCUGUAAGUGUUUUACUUGUUGGAGCUUUGAAGCGAUAUUGUGAGAUGAUCUCAAAUGCCACUGAACCAGGUGAAAAAGCAGAGGUGCUCCCUUUAGGUUGUAUAGCAAAGUACAUGAAUUGUGUCAUCUCAGAUAUGAUUCACAGUGCAAUGAAUCCAACCAUUUUGUGCUUUGUGGUGUGCCAUUAUGUGAGCAACACUGAAGUAUCACAACAUAUGGCUACAGUAAGGAGUGCACAUAAAGCUUUGC